AUAGCCGAGGAGCUAGCUAAUCUGAGACGAUACCUGAGCUGAGACAACCACAGUCGAGGAGCUACCUGAGCUGAGAGAAGCAUAGCCGAGAAGAUAGCUGUCAUUUCGUCAAAUCAACACAUAAUCUAACAUCAUGCCGAGGGAAUGCAGACUACAUGGUGUCAAUUCCGCAGCGGUGCGUCAUCGCAUAACCAUCAACGAUCCCAAGGAAAUCAGUAUCGAAAACGUGCUCGAGAGAUCGAAACAGCGCAUUUUCGAUAUAAUUAGGGAGCACGCAGCACGCCAUGAUGCCAACGUGAAGUGGUUCAUCGUGCUGAAUGUUUUGCUGUAUAAAUUAGUGGUGAUGGAUGAUGAGGUUAGCGAGACUGUCUCAUCUCUAAUAAAUCUUCAUAGUUACUCCAACAUAGCGCUAAACGUGCUUGAGAACUAUGAAGAUUUUAAUGAUCAUUUCAUGUUGGCCAUGAGAAAAAUCAUGUCAUCAUUUGACAACUUUGUUCGACACGGCAGCGUUUCAAGUUCCAACUUCUACCCAAAAUCUGCAAGUUUUGUCAUUGCUAUGGCAAGGGAGUGUAGAGGUUGGAACAAAAACCCCAAGGACAGGCGACAAUGCCAGCAAUUAGUCAUGCUGAGGGUGCGAGCUGGCACUAAGGCCAAACACCAGCAACAAAACACAUGUACCACAUUCUAG